UGAGAUACAAAAUCCUUUCAUUUGAUGAUUAAUCCACAAGCGCUCAAAAGUCCGAACGACCGCAAAGAAACUGUGUACUCGUAGUCGCACGGCAGGCGUCCCCUUCGAAGGACUUGACGAUGUGGGCCUUAUCCUGCGCCACGUCUGCUUAUCCUACGCUCUCUCCCAGAGCUUCCGUACCCAGGGCUACUAAUCGCUCAAGCUCUCCACUCUCAGUCCCUACCAAUCACCAUUUUCAUGCGAAAGACUCUCCUUUUGUUCCAGAGGUUUCGGACGCAGUGGACUCGUUGUAUUCAGAGUUCAGAGCCGUGGAUAAUUUGGUUGCACGCAAUACCACCCGUGUUCUUAAAGCUUUCCAGAAUGCUCGAGUUGGAUCACAUCACUUUGCCGGAUGCACUGGUUAUGGUCAUGAUGAAGCUGGGGGACGUGAAGCACUGGACCAAGCUUUUGCUGAAAUUGUUGGGGCUGAAUCUGCUAUAGUUCGCUCACAGUUUUUUUCAGGAACUCAUGCUAUAACAUGUGCUUUAUUUGCUUUUCUAAGGCCAGGGGAUGAGCUUUUGGCAGUUGCUGGUCCUCCCUAUGACACCUUGGAGGAAGUUAUUGGAAAGAGAGACUCUCAUGGCAUGGGGUCCUUGACAGAUUUUGGAGUGAAAUACCGAGAAGUUCCACUUGCUGAAGAUGGCGGCCUUAACUGGGAUGCACUUAUCCAUGCUUUGAGACCUGAAACAAAAUGUGCGCUCAUACAGAGGUCAUGUGGUUAUUCAUGGCGUCGGAGUUUAAGUGUAGAUGAGAUAGGGCAAGCAAUUAAGAUAAUUAAGACGCAGAAUUCUAACUGCUUGGUCAUGGUGGAUAACUGUUAUGGUGAAUUUGUGGAAAGCAUUGAACCUCCAUUGGUGGGUGCAGAUUUGAUUGCGGGCAGUUUGAUAAAAAAUCCUGGUGGGACUAUAGCACCAUGUGGUGGAUAUGUUGCUGGGAGAGAAAAAUGGGUAAAAGCAGCAUCAGCUCGUCUGUCUGCACCUGGCCUUGGAGUUGAUUGUGGCGCAACUCCUGGUGACAUUAUGCGAGCAUUUUUCCAGGGUUUGUUCCUUUCACCUCAAAUGGUAGGCGAGGCUAUCAAGGGCACUUUACUGGUAGCUGAAGUUAUGGCAGCCAGAGGGUAUAAGGUGCAGCCACUUCCUCGUAUUCCUCGUCAUGACACAGUCCAGGCUGUACAGCUUGGAAGCCGUGAGCGCCUUCUUGCUUUCUGCGAGGCUGUACAGAGAAACUCCCCAGUAGGUUCAUUUACCAAACCAGUGGCUGGUGCAACUCCUGGAUAUGCAUCAGAGGUGAUCUUUGCUGAUGGAACCUUCAUUGAUGGGAGUACAAGUGAGCUUUCAUGCGAUGGACCAUUAAGAGAGCCAUUUGCUGUGUUUUGCCAGGGUGGCUCACAUUGGACUCAGUGGGGACUAGUUCUUGGAGAGGUUUUAAAAGCCAUAUAAUGUAGAACCAAACGUUGCAAUGACGGUAGCAGAGUUGUAAGGUUGAACGUUUCCGGGAACACCAAGAAUUUCUGUUUGCCAUACAAGAAAUUACAUUUAAACUGUACAGUUAUGGCAGUCUCAAGAAAUAUCCUCACCGCAGUUGUUCAAAAACACAUAGAAGGAGCGGCAUCAAUCUCACUUCAAUUUUUUACAUAAGGUAUGCCAGACCUUGUUUUCAUGUUAUUCGCGGGAGUUUCUUGCAUCUAAUGACCGUAAUAUACCUUGGCAUACCUUGGAAAUUAGUUAAAUGUAACAAUUUUGGCCUUUAUAUUGUGCAUUGAUUUUUGUCUCUCGUUAUAUCAAUUGACAAUGCCCGAGCGAUAAGUGAAAAUUUUACAUUUGGAGA